AUGAAUUACCAAUUGAUUUUGAAAAAAACUUUAUCAAAUCAAUCAUUAACUGAAUAUGAUACAUUAACACAUGAAUGUAUUGUAAUAAAAUCAAAUAGAAAAAUUAAAUGGUUUUUUGAUAAUCAAGAAAUACAAGCUAAUGAUCGAUGUAAAUUUGAAGCAGAUGAAAAAAUUCAUCGAUUAAUUAUCAGUAAUAUUUCACCAAAUGAUGAAGGAAAUGAUGAUGUUAUUACAGAAAAUGAUCGAAAAAAAAUUUCAGUUGAAUUUAUUCGAUUAUUAAUUGAUAUUGAUAUUCAAGAACAUGCAUCUGAAUUAAUUCUUGAAUGUGAAUUAAAUAAAUCUGUUCAUGUUGAAUGA